AUGCUAGUCAAGAGUCUCGGGCUGUUGUGGUUAGGCGUUGCCUAUGCCCACGGUCACUCCCACGAGGGCCAUAAGAGCGGCCAUUUCCACCAUCCACCUGUCCGGCGGGACGUGGCUCAGCCCUACAUUGGCACAAGACUGCCGGGCCAAAUUGAUGUGCUCGCUGCGCCGGUGUUGGUGGGAGAUACGCCUCCAUUGCCGCCGGGAUCUCCUCAGCCGGCCCCAAGCUACAUGAAAGAUAAUGUCAACAAUUUCUUCGGUAGCGCUCCAGACCAUGGCUCCAUGACGGGCCCUGUGCUUGGACCGGUGAAUUCAACGCUGAAUGCCGAGAGGUACAGCAUGGUUCUUGCUGCAAAGGUUAGUGGUGACGACUACUGGCUGUCAAGUCUAGGGAGCGUGGGAUCGAUGCCUUUCGCCCCCGCCGGGUACCUGUUCUUUCGGAACGUGAAGGACUUUGGCGCCGUCGGUGACGGGGUCACGGACGACACAGCGGCCAUCAACCGGGCCGUGGCAGCGUUCAGCGCGUCGGACCAUUCGACCCUGCGCUGUGGGGAGAAGUGCGGUUCGACGUCCUCGCUAGGUGCCGUAGUAUACUUCCCUGCUGGGACAUAUCUCAUCAGCACGCCGAUCGUCCAGUACUACUACACGCAAUUCGUGGGCAAUCCCACCCUCAAGCCUGUCAUCAAGGGUGCGGAGAACUUCACCGGCAUUGCCCUUGUCGAUACGGACUUUUACAUCCCCGGCGGCAAUGGAGCCGAAUGGUACAUCAACCAGAGUAAUUUCUACCGCCAAAUCCGCAAUUUCGUCUUUGAUAUGACUGGAAUGAACUGGACAAACACCGACAACGAUCAAACGUAUGUGCCUGCGGGCGUCCAUUGGCAGGUCGGCCAGGCCACGUCCAUCACCAACUGCGAUUUCCGAAUGGCCGUCUCCACGGCAGACCAUUCCGCAACAGCCGUGGGGAUCUACAUGGAGAACGGCAGUGGUGGAAUGGUGUCUGAUUUGACCUUUACUGGCGGGAAUAUUGGUUUCCUCGCGGGCAGUCAGCAGUUUACCGCCAUCAAUCUCCAAUUCACUUCCUGUCUGACCGCCAUCAAAUCCAUCUGGAACUGGGGCUUCACCUGGAAGAACAUUUAUGUGCUGUCAUGUUAUAUUGCCAUUGACGCUACCGAGUAUUCCGGGGUGGGCAACCAGGGAACGGGCUCCAUCGCGGUGGUAGAUUCCCACUUCAACGGCGUCCCGUAUGCCAUCACCAUUGCCCAUACGGCAGAUGAGCAGCCGAACAUCGUCCUCGACAAUUUGCUCGUCGAGAACUCGGCAUCCGUGGUCCUCAUCUCCGGCGGAGAGACUAUCCUGCCUGGCUCGACCGGCGCGCUCUACUUCAAUUCCUGGGUCAGUGGGUAUCGUUUCCUGCCCGAUGGUUCCGCAGGUAAAUCAAACGGGUUUGUUAAUCCCGCCCCGAACAAACCAUCUCUGCUGCUGGACGAUUCGGGCGCCUUUUUCCGCAAGCCGAAGCCGCAGUAUGUGGGCGAGACUCCCGUCGUGGCCACCGAUCAUGGGAUUUCAAACGACGGCACGGGAGACCAGGCCAUGGCCAUUAAUGAACUCUUGUCAAGCUAUCUGGGUUCAGUCAUUUUCUUCCCCGCUGGUGUAUACCUGGUUGAAAGUACCGUGCAUAUUCCCGUCGGAAGCAAGAUCAUUGGCUCCGGUUGGAGUCAGAUCAUGGGGACUGGGUCUGCGUUCGAGGACGAGGGUAAUCCCACCGUUGUGGUCCGGGUGGGCCAGAAGGGAGACCAGGGCGUGGUGGAGAUUACCGAUAUGCUGUUCACUGUCAAGGGAGCCACGGCCGGUGCAGUGCUGAUGGAAUGGAAUGUCCACGAGAGUACCCAAGGUAGCGCCGCCAUGUGGGACAGUCACUUCCGGGUUGGUGGCACCAACGGCAGCAAUCUGGGACUUGCCGAUUGUCCCAUUGGAGGGGACGCGGUGAACAAAAAGUGCAUGGGUGCCUCGAUAUUGAUGCACAUCACUAGCGAUGCGUCGGGCUACUUUGAGAAUGUCUGGGCCUGGGUGGCUGACCACGACAUUGACAGUCCUCUGAAUGCGCUCGCCACCGAAAGUCCUGCUGGCGUGCCGCUGAAUGUCCAGACCGAUAUCUCAGUUUACGUUGGACGAGGCAUGCUUAUCGAGUCUCAGGGGCCUACCUGGCUCUACGGCACAGCCAGCGAGCAUGCGCAAAUGUACCAGUACCAGCUUCUGAAUGCGGCAAAUAUCUACAUGGGUCAUAUGCAGACAGAGACGCCGUACUACCAGCCCAAGCCCAAUGCCCUCUCGCCCUACACGCCGGGCAACUUUCCCUCGGAUCCAACUUACAUGGACUGCUCGGAUGACCUCUGUCGGGGCGCGUGGGCGCUCCGAGUCCUCAACUCAACCGACGUCUUCAUCUACUCGGCGGGAUUCUAUUCCUUCUUUCAGGCCUACGACGAGAGCUGCGUAUUCGACGAGCACUGCCAGCAGUCUCUCAUCCAGACUAACUAUGCGAACCGCCUGUGGAUGUACAAUAUCUUCACCAAGGGUAAUGUGGAGAUUGUGUCGCCCGAGGGUGGCCUACCCGCAUUACUCUUCAACGACACAACGCGAAAUGGUUUCACCAGCGAGAUUGCGGCGUGGCUGUCCCUGUCAACCGGUGGUGAAGACAUUGGAUCUGUUGGCGAUGGCUCUGGAGCGGUUUAUAUUGAUCCUAGCGUCUGGAGUGAACCAGACGAUGGCAGGAACAUCUCCUGCUACCCGCCGUGCACCUAUGUAUUGCCUCCCAUAACGCUACCAACUCCAACAACCUUUGUGUAUCCGACUCUGGUGACGGAAAUUGGGGUCGGAUAUGAAGUGCCUACAUCCUACGUUCACUUGGGGAAUACUAUCACCACUACCACAUACCUCAUGAGCACGACGACGACCACCCUCACGAUUCCGGAUGUCGUGACCCCUGUGGUUUCGUUCUGGGACGUCACUAUUGAACCCAACGUGACGUCUUUGGUCAUCUUACCGACUCCGAGCAUCAUUCAGGGUGCCUUCAACAUUACCUGGCCGCCUCUUGUGCGUAACUCGACUACCUACCCCGGCACAGUGGUGCCUUUCUAUCCGCCCCCGUGGACACCGGACCCACCGAGCUCGACUCCCACCGGGGAUUCGACAUUAACGUCAACAUCAACUACCAGCGACAGCUCCGGGACGAAAACCACGACUGGCGGAGGGACAAAGACAACCAGUAGCCAUGACCACGAUUACCCUCAUGUGACGCAUCACCGAGGCCCACCCAAGCCGAAAUGCACAGACCGCAAGAUCUGUGGCGGCGAAUGUCAUAAGGGACUUGGUGGACUCCUUAACAGAGCCUUCCACGUGUGUAAACCCUGCUGGACGGGCUGUGGAGGGUUGGACUCUCCCAAUGACUUCCCCAAUGACCCGAACGAUACACCGGAUGACGAUGACCCCAAUGAUGAUCCAUCAAGCUCGUCAUCUGAAUGCUCAACUACGACAUACAGCUCAUGCAGCACGGCAUGUAUCACUGCAUCCUCCACCAGUUCAUGCUCGUCAACGUGCAGAGACAUCGUGGGCUGCGACACAACCGGCACGUUAAUGGUCGGCACCUACACGCUGCCACCCAUCCUGGCGGGGACAGCGGAGACCUGGUCCGAUGCGGAUUACACGGCCAGCGACUUAGCCGAGGACUGGGCUGCGGCCUCCUCAAUCUACAGGUCUGAGCACUCCUCAGGACCCAUCACUAGUGGACCCAGUCCAACAUCUGGCGGCGGUGGCACCGGCACCGGCACUGUCACCACAAUUACAAAGGUAGUCAUCGAGACCGAGAGACUAACCACCACAUACCCCGCGAGCCUGGGCGUGGUAGGCAUGGCAGCCGCCUGGAGGAUGGGAUACCGCAACUUUGUAGUCAGCGACUACGACCUCGACUUCUACAGCAUCUCCGAGACGAAGAAUAUCUGCCAAGUGAAAUUCUCGACGGAGUAUGGGGCCGCUAGGCCGCGGCCGAAGACAUGGUCUGAUAUCCCGCAGAGUGUCACCUUCUUCUCGGACCUUGAUGUGCUAUCGACGAAGUAUACGAACUGUAUAUAUACGAACGCGGCGGCGCCGAGCCCGGGGGAUGGUGGGACGGUCUCGUGUGAUGGUUUGACGCUGCCAUGUUAUGUCCACACGGGGCCGCCCAUGGGGUGUAAUCCGGAUAUGUUCUUUGGGUGGCUGACGAGUGUUAAGCCGCUGGUUAAUUGUCCGGUGGCGACGAUGACGAGCUCGGUGUAUACCACGACCACUGCCGUGACGGAGACUCUGAUGACGACCAUACCAUAG